UGUGCAUGUGAGAGAGAGAGAAAGCUGUUGAAUACACAGCUAGUCUUGAACAAAGAGCUUGAGUUCAGUUGAACUCAUUCAGACAUUCAGCAGAGUACAGUACACGAGUACAGGACAACUGAGGAAGAGGCGCUGGUGUCAGCUUUACAGCAUUCAGGAGUUUAGCUUGAUCAGUAGUAAUAUAAUCACUGUUAAUACAGGUCAUGAUCCUCUUGCUUUUCUGCAUUGGAUGAGGAAUUCAGUUUAAUCAGGAUCUGAUGAGGAUGAAGAAAACACCUUGAAUAUCCAGUAUACUGUAACGGAUUAAACAGCGCAGCGUGUGAGAGAUUACCGUGUCUACAGGUGCAGAGUAAACAUGUUCUCAUGUCUCAAACAGGUUUAGACAAGUUUUCCAGAAGUGAAAGAAUUUUCAGAUCUGUUGUUCAACUCGACAGUUCAGCGGAGGAACAGAGAGAUCUGCAGGCAUUAUCUGAGCUGUAAACGAGUGAAGCACGAUGGCGAAUGUUGAAGAACUGCUCAAGAACUCACUGGAUAAACUGGAAGUAGCUGGACUAAACGAGUUUCUGUGGUGUUUAUCAAAUGACCAAGGAGACAACUCAAAAGCUAAAAUGGAGAAUGCAGACCGGUUGAAGAUGGUGGAGAAGAUGGUGUCAUGUUUUGGACCAAAAGGAGCUGUGAAGAUCACAGUGGACAUCCUGAGGAAAAUAAAGCAGAAUGACUGGGCUGAUCAGCUGGAGAAGACACUGAAGCAAGCUGUGAACGGGGGAAGCAGAAUUAAUGUAGAAGAGCUGCUCAAGAACUCACUGGAUGAUCUGCUAAUAUCUGAACUAAAGGAGUUUCUGUGGUGUUUAGCGAAAAACUAUAAAUGUAUUUCAAAAGAUGAAAUGGAGAAUGCAGACAGCAUGGAUACAGUGGAUAAGAUGGUGUCAUGUUUUGGAUCAGAAAGAGCUGUGACGAUCACAGUGAACACCCUGAGGAAAAUGAGCCAGAAUCAAUUGGCUGAAGAGCUGGAGAUUGCACAGAAGCAAGCUGUGAACAGUAGAAGCAGGUUAAAUGAUGAAGAGCUGCUCGAGUACGCACUGGAUGAACUGAGAGAAUCUGAACUGAAGGAGUUUCUGUGGUGUUUAAUGAAAAACCGCAGGGAUAUUUCAAAUGCUGAAAUGAGGAAUGCAGACAGGAGGAAGACCGUGGAGAAGAUGGUGUCCUGUUUUGGACCAGAAAGAGCUGUGAUGAUCACAGUGGACACCCUGAGGAAAAUAUACCGUAAUGAAUUGGCUGACGAGCUGCAGAUUGCACAGAAGCAAGGUAAUGUUUAAUUCUCUGUCUCACUUUACAAAUCUCAUCAUUUGAUUCACAAUAAAUCAGUCAAACAAGUCUUUCAUGUUAAACCCUGUCCAGGCAAUGGUUUCUGAGUCAGACGUAUUGUCACAACAUUUAUUGCACAGCUUCUUAACCAG